CGUGACGAGCUCCGGCUUUUACCUGACAUCAGGCACAAGGCGGAGGAAGACGCACAAAAAGGAUAGAGUUGAUGUUUGCUGUUUGUUCUGAGAGCAUCUAGUGCUCAGGUUUUUGUACAGCAUCACUGCCUAAGUCGGGGGCUACUUUGCUGUGGCGCUGCAAAAGGGUUUGUCUAACCCUUGCAGAUUGCCACCAUGGCGGCUCGGUUGCGCGAACGGCUUCUUUAUUCUUCCGCCCUCUCCAGAGCGAGGUCGAUCCAGACCCUUCUUGCCGCUACUUUCUCUACCAAGGCUGGCAGCCCCGUCAACCUGUCUCCGUCUGUGGACGUCGCAAAGAGUGGUGCAACUUCUGUGACGCCUGCGUUGGCAGCUUUAAGAGAGAGGCUGGCGUCUGAGGGCCCCAGCCUUGGAGAGUUUGUUGGGGGUAGCUACCCCUUGGGAUACUCUGUUGAGGCGGUCCAGCCAAAGGAGAAGAAAAGGAAACCAGAUUGGAUGAAGAGGGUGAUCCCAGGGGGGGAGAACUACACCAGGAUCAAGUCAAAGCUGAGGGACCUAAACCUGCACACGGUCUGUGAGGAGGCAAAGUGUCCAAACAUCGGCGAGUGCUGGGGGGGCGGCGAGCAUGGGACGGCGACCGCUACUAUAAUGCUCUUGGGGGACACGUGCACGCGGGGUUGCAGGUUCUGUGCUGUAAAGACGUCCCGCACGCCCCCCCCGCCAGACCCAAACGAGCCAGAGAAUGUCUCGAAAGCCAUUGCAGAGUGGGGCCUGGACUAUGUUGUUCUGACAAGCGUCGACCGCGAUGACUUGUCGGACCAUGGCAGCGCACACUUUGCAGAGACAAUAACAAAGCUCAAGAGGCGAAAGCCUGGCAUGUUGGUGGAGGCUCUCGUCGGCGACUUCCGUGGGGACCCCGAGUGCGUGCGCCGUGUCGCGACCAGCGGCCUCGACGUGUUUGCCCACAACAUCGAAACCGUGCGCGAUCUCCAGAGCACGGUUCGCGACCGGCGGGCCAACUUCGAGCAGUCGCUCUCGGUGCUACGGCUAGCCAAGCAGUAUGCGCCGCGGGGCACAUUAACGAAGACGUCGAUCAUGCUGGGUUGCGGGGAGACGCCGGAACAGGUGGAGGCGGCGAUGAGGGACGUCCGGGCAGCCGGCGUGGACGUCAUGACCUUCGGACAAUAUAUGCGGCCCACGAAGCGGCAUAUGCCGGUCUCGGAGUACGUCACUCCGGAGGGUUUCGAGACCUGGCGUAAGCUCGGCGAGGACAUGGGAUUCCGUUACGUCGCUGCUGGCCCGCUCGUCCGUUCUUCGUACAAGGCAGGGGAGUUCUAUGUGAAGUCGAUGAUUGAGAGCGACAGGGCUGCUGGUGACGAGGAUAUAGCUGUUGCAUUGUGACACUAGUGAGCUCGUUAUGUCUUCUAUACGAAGUAAACGCAGUCAUGACAUCCUAAAGGUUAUCUAGCGACCACGACAAGCCACAGUGGAGUCUGGCACUUGUGGAGCCGUGGUUAUCUUACCCUUUUGAUUGUUGGAUGUGUGUUGGGCAG